CACCGCGACAUUCGCCGUCCUCCAUCAGCAGGUCGAGUGCGAAGUAUUCGACGAAGUAGUUGCAGUCGUAACUCAGUGAUUGGCCGUAGAGCGUGUGCAGCAAGGAAUGACCGGUUCUGUCGGCUACGCAACAACAUCGGGACAAAUUCUUGCUUGUUACAAUUCUUACCAAUAAGUAAGAAUGCAUAAGUGCAUAAGUAAAUAUCGGUAGGGCAAGUACACCUUUCGAAAUCAUUUAAAUUAUGGAGGAUGACAACAGAAGAGAAGAAAAUAACAAAAUAACAGGAGACAUAGAAAACGAUGGAACUGCAGGACCAGAAGAAAAAGGUUCUGGUAAUCAGUAUCAGCUGAUACCAAAAUCUCCCUCCAACCGUAAAUCCACGCGAAACGAGCAAUACGACAGAAGGUCAUGUCGCUCGCGAUCAAGAUCGUGUAGUAAGCCUUCACGGAGAAAGCAAUGGAGAAGCGCGAAUGCCUUUCUUAACUUUAUGCAAGAUUUUAGGCAGGAUUAUAAUAAAGUUAAGAGCAGAGAUCUGUUUCGACUCGGAGGACAGAAGUGGCGACAAAUGUCAUCCACAGAAAAGAUGCCUUACGUGGAAGCGGCUAAGGUAGCGCAGCAACAAUCGCAGCAAAAUAAUAAGAAUGAACAGCAAACUAAGCCCGAUAGCGGCGAAAUCUCGAAAAAAUCGGACAAUAACCAGAGAAAAAAAGAACGAGAGUUCCAGAAAAGAAAAGAGAGAAAGCGUUCCAGAAGCAAGACGGACGAUUCUGACGCGGAAUCAGAUUCCGCAACCUCGGGGACAGGCGCGACAAUGACAAGCGAGGAUGUCUCCGAUCUGAGUUCUUAGAUUAAACUGUAUCGCAGUAUUCAACAAGAAUAUCAAGAAAUAUGUACACAAUUCAGUUUAUUUUGAUUACGUGUCCUAAAAUUUGGUCGUACUAUUCUGAAACUCGAAUAAAGUUUAAGACCACAUCAAAUAGC